CUUAUAAUCUAAAAGAUUAAUAAAUUAUACUUUAUUGCGAUAACUUAAUGAAAACAACCCGCCCUUCAUUCAAAUUAUUUAAAUUAAAAUUAAAAUAUAUGACUUUUCGAUAACAUCUGGUUCCAUGAUGUCUAAGUUUGUGACUAACUUCAUUCUAUUAAGUAAACAGAAAAUACAAAUAUUACAACAAAUUUUUUAAAUAAAUAUCUUAUUAAAUCAAUAUUAUAUGAUAUAGUUUAUGAAAAAGGAUGGGUUAUAACAACUAUGUUGUCUUAAGAACCAGGUAAAAAGACGAUGGAAGAGUCUAAAUCAAUGACUUUCGUGUGCCAAGAAAUGGCCUCGAGCAUGUUUCAAAAGCUCUUUGAACAGAAAAAGUCGAAUCGCUUCUGUGAUUUAACAUUAUAUGUGAAUAAUAGAAUUAUUAAGGCGCAUAGGAGCGUUUUGGCCUGCGGAAGUCCUUAUUUCGAUUCGAUACUAAAACAUCACAAAAUCGUUCGUGAAGAGUUAACAGUAAAUUGUUUGGAUGUUGAUAUUUUAGAUACAAUCAUUAAUUUCAUGUAUACAGGACAAAUAUCAAUUGAAUAUUCAAAUGUAGAGGAAUUAUUAAAAUUAGCCGAUUAUUUUAUUAUGACAAAAGUCAUUGAGUACUGUAUAGAAUUUUUGGGUACAAAAUUAAGUUUAUAUAAUUGUUUAUUCACUUAUAAUUUAACUCAAAGCUUUAAAUUAAAACAAUUAGGUCAUUUAGUUGAAAAUUGGAUUAUCACUCAUAUUAACGAGGUUUGUGAUGGUGGAGAAAUACUUAAUUUAAAUUGUUAUGAACUACAAGAUUUUUUAAGAAAUAAGGUUUUUGUGAUUCCCGUUUAUAAAGCAUUAAGAAUAAUAUCCGAUUGGGUAUUAAAAAAUCAAGAUGUUAGAGAAAAAGACUUUUUAAAAUUAUUAUAUUGUAUUCAAUGGAAUAUUGCUGAUCAAAACGAUAUUUUUAAGCAUGUUGAAACUUGCCCUUUGUACGGUAAAAGCGAACUGUGCUUUUUCUUUUUCUUAACAGCCUUAGCUCAAAAUAAUAUCUUAACACCAAAUUUUAAGAAUAGAUAUGAUGUUUUAAGCGUUAAAUAUGAACAUGCGUUAAAAAUUGAUGAUAGAAAUGAUAAUUAUAAACAAGAAUGUCGAAUUAGCGUAAUGGAAAAAGAUUCUAGUGUAUGUAGUUCCUCCAUUGUUAAAGCUAAGCAAAAAAAUCGGAAACAACAAUUACUUAAAAGGCUUAUGUUUGGAUUAAAACCAAGUUUACGGAUGGCUGCUUUAAAAUUAUUUACAAACAAAAAGAAAAGUAUAACAGAAAAUAUCAUCGAAAAUGGGAAAGAAUCCGAAUCGGAUGAAAAAGUUGGGGUAAAAUGUCCGGUUUGUUUCACAAACAUAAACGACAGUUUACUAUUGGAACAACACUUGGCUUUAAGUCAUGCUAAAGAUGUAACAUACAAAUGUGGAAUUUGUAAUUUUGUCUGUCAAUAUCACGGAGAUUAUCUUAAUCAUAUGAAAACACAUUUUUCCGGACCACCAUUCAAAUGCGAUUAUUGUGACUUCAGUAACGAUCAAAUAGCGAAAUUAAUUUCACAUCGAGCGAAACACCUCCAAGAAUCGUUCUAUCAAUGUACAUUUUGUUCAUUCAAGUGCCGUCAAAAACAGAACUUCGUCGCCCAUCUAAAAAUACAUACCCCCGAGAAAACACACAAAUGUGAUACAUGUUCAAAAUCUUUCAAGUACAAACACAACUUGGAAAAUCAUGUUCAAACACAUAAUAAUAUGGAAAAAUCUUUGAGUUGCGAUUCUUGUGGGUUUCAUACGAAGUAUAUGAGUCAUAUGAUUGCUCAUAAAAGAAUACAUGCUGGUGAUAUUUAUAGAUGUUCAUAUCCACAUUGUAAAUAUUCAACAUCUAAAAAGAAUCAAUUAGCAACGCAUGCGAAAACUCAUAACGGAGUUCGUCCCCAUUCUUGUACAAUUUGCGGUCGUGGUUUUAUGGAAAAAUCUCAUUUGGUACGUCACGAAAGGAUUCAUUUAGAAGAAAAACCGUUUAAAUGUUCGAGUUGUGAUUAUGCGAGUUCCCGACGUGACAAACUAAAAGAACAUUUUACGCGACAUCAUGGCGAAAACGCCUCGGCUAAAGUACCUUAUAAAGCGAGACCAAUGAGAAAUAAUCCACGGCCCAAAUCUCAACCGCCUCAAGAAAACGCAACGGCAAAUGGGAAUGUGAGUUUUCCAACGGCGAAUAAUAAUUCUUCGUCGACGGUGACGCAACCUAUCGGGACGGAAAUACAAGAUUUAAUAAUGCAUCAUCAAAAUCAUCCGAUUUCUUCGACAACUGGAAAUAUUCCUGCGAUAAAUCCGAAUUAUCAUCACUUUGGUGAUCCAGCUGAUUUUCAUCAUCAUUCGCACGCGCACAAUAUUCAACAUCAAAUUUUGGCUUCUGGACAUAACCAACGGAUUUCACAACAUUCGAAUAAUGUUGUUAAUCAUCACAUGCUCGGAAGGGGAAAUCAUUCGACUGCUACUUCUACAGCAGCUGCUGUCGCUGCUGCUAUGAUGUUAGAUCCAAGAUUUCAUCAUAAUUCUACAGUACCUUAUCACCCAACAACGACACCAGUUUCAAUGGCUAUGGCAGCAGUUCAAAGUUCACAGCAAAUUCAAGGUUCUAGUCAACACGGCGAAUAUCCACCGUCGUUACAAAAUUGUAUGACGCUUUUUUAAUUAAGUUCGAAAAGAUUUUUAACAAAGAAUUGUUUUCUAUUUGAUUUUUAUUUAAUCUAGUCAAUUUUAUGGUAAAAAUUAUAUCUUACAAAGAAUUUAUGAUUAAGAUAGGGAGUUUUUGCAUUUUAUGCUAACACAACUUGUAUUAAUAUAUAAGAACGUUUGAUAAAAACAUUAAAAUAAUAAAAAUUAAAUUGAAUUAAA